CCCUGCUGUAUCCUCGGUCUUCCGGUAAAGCAGCACUCAGGAGGCUCUGGAGUGGAAGCUGUCGAGCAGCUGAGGCUGUGGAUUUACGCUGGCUCACUAGGAAAGCAGGUGCUACCAGACAGGCGCUCUUUCCACGGACGGUGAAGCCCUCUAGCCCCAUGUGACCGCCUGUGAAGAGCUGCCUUCCUCCGCUGGCCACCCAGCUCCACCAUGGGUCCUGCAGGAAGCACACUGAGCGCUGGGCCCCUGCAGAUGCAGAUGGUUCUCUGGGGAAGUCUGGCUGCCGUGGCCAUGUUCUUCCUCCUCACCUUCCUCAUCCUUCUGUGCUCCAGUUGUGACAGAGAAAAGAAGCCAAAGCAACACAGCGGGGACCAUGAGAAUCUGAUGAACGUGCCUUCUGACAAGGAGAUGUUCAGCCAUUCAGCAACCAGCCUGACAACAGAUGCCCUAGCCAGCAGUGAACAGAACGGGGUGCUCACCAAUGGCGACAUUCUUUCAGAAGAUAGCACCUUGACCUGCAUGCAGCAUUAUGAGGAAGUUCAGACCUCGGCCUCCGAUCUUCUGGACUCCCAGGACAGCACAGGAAAGCCCAAGAGUCAUCAGAGCCGGGAGCUGCCAAGGAUCCCCCCAGAGAACGCCGUGGACGCCAUGCUCACAGCCAGGGUGGUGGAGGGGGACUCGGGGCCCGGCAUGGAGGGGCCCUACGAGGUGCUCAAGGAUAGCUCCUCCCAGGAGAACAUGGUGGAGGACUGCCUAUAUGAAACUGUGAAGGAGAUCAAGGAGGUGGCAGAUAAAGGCCAGGCUGGCAAGUCCAAGUCCACGUCCGCCUUGAAGGAGCUUCAGGGCGCCCCCGCAGAGGGCAAACCCGACUUUGCUGAGUAUGCCUCUGUGGACAGAAACAAGAAGUGCCGCCAGAGCGUCAACGCAGAGAGCAUUCUGGGAGCGUCCAGUGACCCGGAAGAGGAAGUCCCCCCACCUGUCCCGGUUAAACUUCUGGAUGAGAACGCAAAUCUUCCAAAGAAGAAAGAGGCAGAGGCAGAAGAGCAAGCUCUGGAGGGGACCAGUGGACACAACAAGAGAUUUAGUUCCUUGUCAUACAAGUCUCGGGAAGAAGACCCGAAUCUUACAGAAGAGGAGAUCUCGGCCAUGUAUUCCUCAGUGAAUAAACUCGGACAGUCAGCACACAAACCCGGACCGUCUCCAAAAGGGCCAGAGUUGACCUUCCAGUCCAUGCAGGGACCCCCUCAGAGGUCAUCCUCUUCCUGUAAUGACCUCUAUGCCACUGUGAAAGACUUCGAGAAAUCUCCCAACAGCCUCUGCACACCUCUCCCAGCAAGGAGGCCCAGUGAGGAACCCGAGCCUGACUAUGAAGCCAUACACAAUCUAAACAGAGAGGAAGAAAAGGUCCCUCUGGAGACCAAUGGCCACCUCGUCCCCAAGGAGAAUGACUACGAGAGUAUUGGGGACUUGCAGCACUGCAGAGAUAUCACCAGGCUUUAGCAACCCAGAAGUCUCAGAGCCUGUGAUCAGGGCUCAUCCAGGACCACUCGGCUGUGGAAUGAUAAGACAUCAAUGUCAUGUUGCUUUAGUUAACCCAAGUCAAGCACAGGGUCACAGCUGUUCCCCAGUUUCUGAAGCAGUAAGGUAUGGACCCACCUAUCAGGGCAGGACCCCAUGCUCACGAGGAACCCCGGGUAGAUGUGACCUCCACAUCCCACAGAGGAAGGCAGGCUGUGAGGGGAAGCUCCACCGGCCAGUGUUGAAAUUCCAUCUGCCUGGGAUACCUGCCGCCCUGUGGAGCCAGGUUUCCUUCCUCACUCUCCUCCUCUGCCACCAGAGCUAAAUCAUCCUGCCUUCCACCACUUGUGACCGGGCCACAUCUGUGGUUCAUCCCAAGGAGGGUCUCCCACAGGCUUGGCACCAUCUUCCGCUGGAUGCUAGGAUGGUGAGAACAGGCCACUGGUCCCACCGGCUUCCCAGAUCUCCCUGUUUGUCCCUGGGCAUCUGGACGGUACAGGCUAUAGAGGUUGGGGGUGGGGUGUCCCUGGAGGCUCUGGGGUCUUUUCUCCUAAUUGUGACAGCGCACUUGCAAUCUUUCCACUGUAUUUGAGGUACUUUAGAUGCUUUUCCUAUUUUUCCUGUUCAAACCUUCCCCCACAGUGUUCGGAAACCUUGUCAGAGUUUCGGAACUCCCAGUGACAACCAUGGUACUUCUGACGUUGUUUAAGCCCAGCGCUCUUCCUUCUAAACAGAGCCUUAAUGUUUAUGUUGGGACCCAGACCGCAUGUGCGGACAGCAGCCAUGGUGUCUAUCCUCAAAGGGCUGCGAACAUGAAUUUGUAUUCCCAGUGAUCUCUGCUGCCCACAUGUGUGACUUUCCUGUCUUCAAUGGUAAUCUAAGAGUAAAGUGUAUACAUUUAUUUUAUUAUAUAAAUUUAUAAGAUGUUUUA